UAGUAAGUAGCUCUCUAGUAAAAAAUGUCGCGUGUAACAAAACGUAAACAUGUUAUGAGGGAAAUGUUCAUUGAUGGUUUUCAACUGCCGAAAGAAAACCAGCAAAUUGUCCGAGUAGUGAGCAGUCGAGGAAACAAUCUGCAUGAGGUCGAACCGGCCGCAGAUGGCGGACAUUUUCUGGUUUCGAUGCCAACUAAGUUCCGCAAAACCAUUUGGGUGAAACGCGGCGACUUUGUCCUAGUCGAACCUAUUGAAGAAGGAUAUAAGGUCAAGGGAGAAAUGUGUAAAAUCUUGACAGCCGAGCACGUAAAAGAAUUUUCAAAGGAAGGAAUCUGGCCUCCUUCUAAACCCGAACUACCUUGCGGAUAAGUCCCCGGCUGCACG